AUGGGAAUAUCAGAAAAGCAGCCAGAGACGGAGAUGCGAGAGGAUGUUGAACGGAAUAAUGGGCCUGAUGUCUCAGAGAAGCAUGACAGCGAGUUGAGGUCUACUUCAAGCUCUGAGCCUGAUUUCUCUGAUAUCAACGAGAAGAAGGUGAUCAGGAAGAUGGACAUGCGUCUGAUCCCAGCACUAGCACUCCUCUAUCUGCUCUCAUUCUUGGAUAGGGGUAAUAUUGGAAAUGCGAAGAUUGAGGGAUUGGAUGUUGACUUGGGCCUUAAAGGAGGCCAGUUCAAUUGGUGCUGUAAGUUUCAAUUCCCAAUGCAACUGAUAACCAGAUCGUAA